AUGGUACCUACGCCCUCCCCUCAGGCAGGACCUUCACAUGGUCAGUCGCCGUCAGGACCUUCUCGUGGGCAGUCGCCAGCAGAACCUUCUCAUGGCCAGUCACCGGCAGGACCCUCACGUGGACCGUCCCCGGCAGGACCUUCACGUGGCCAGUCACCGGCAGGACCUUCAUGUGGCCAGUCACCGGCAGGACCUUCAUGUGGCCAGUCACCGGCAGGACCUUCACAUGGCCAUUCACCUUCCCCACUUGAGUCGCCGAUACCUGCCAAACACUCAACCAUUGAUAUUGCCGACGCUCGACUGCAUAUAGUCCCUCUUGGAGACUCAUUUGAAAAUUCAGUAACUGUUGUUCGUGAGAUUAAUCAAAUUGUGAAUAACUUUUGGAAAGGAGACUCAAUGUCAUACUCAAGCACUCCAGCACCCACAAAAGAACUCUGGUGGUGCGAGUUUAAGCGAUUAUUUAGUUGGGACCCUUAUUUUGAGAUGGAAGUUAAAAGAAUUUUCAAAAAGAAAUGUGGUGAUCACAUUCGGCAUGUAUUAAACCAUGCCAAAAGUACUGGAAAAAAGCCUCCCUUUAUCACGACGGACAAUUGGGUUAGGAUCUGCAAUUUUUGGCAAACUGAUGAGUGCAAAGAAAGGAGUUUGCGGAAUAAAAUAAAUCAAGCUUAUAAUUCUGGAGACUCACGUGCAAUAUAUGCAGGAGGAUCUAUAAAUAUCGAGGAGCAUUCACGUAGAUUGUCUAGGGAUUUGGGAAAAGAGCCCGAUUUUAUAGACACUUUCGUCCGCACUUUUCAAAAAAAAGACAAGACUUGGAGUGGAGAUAGAGCUAGAAUAAUUAAGGAGAGAUAUGAUGAGCUAUCAUUAUCUCAAAGAAGUUCAGGUGAUGGUGAUAAUAUUGAGGGAUCUGAGCCGUCUGUUACUAAUAAUUUAGAUUUAUGGUUAGAGGCCAGUGGGGGAGUCAAAGGGGGAAGGAUAAUAGGUAUGGGUUCUAUGAGUAGAAUCCAUAAUGUUCCUCGAAGAUCUUUAUGUUCUUCUACCCGACCCGCAGUAACAGCACAGAUUCAUAGCUUAACUGAAGAGGUUGACAAUUUGAAAGACAUAAUAUCUCAAAGGGAUCAGCAAAUUUUAGAAAUUCAAAAACAAAAUUCACAAAGAGAUCUAGAUAUGGUUGAAAUGCGUAAACAACAAGCCUUUCUUUUACAACAAUUUCAACAAUUUAGAUCGGGUUCAAGCUAUAUUCCUCCUGGUAUUGGUGAUGAUGCUAAUGACGAUGAUGAUGUCGAUGAUGAUGCCGCCGAUGAUGUUGAUGAUGAUGCAUGAGUGUUUGGUUGGUAGGUGAAGAUGAUGGUGGUAUUGAUGUAAAAAUAUGUAGAAGAAGGAUUUGGACUGAGAAGGAUCUCCAUAAGAUUAUCUUCAACUCUAUCUUUUUCAUGUUCUUGUAUGAUAUUGGAAUUUGGAUACUAUGACAUGUUUGUUAUAACUUUAUUGUAGUGCUUGGUUUAGGGUGUUAGUUGUAGUUGUAUAUUGUUGUAGUUUGUAUUGUUGGAUGAUGAUGUGUUGUAUUGUUAGUUUUAUGCUCUUAGUUUAGGUUGUAUAUGGAACAACAUGUUUUAAUGGUGCAUGUGUUUGGGUUUA